AUGUCGGCACUUCUGACCUGUGCUGUGAGCUCGGCAGGCUUCCUGCUCAGCCCGCAGCAGCUGGCGCCGCAGCAGCUGCGUGCGACCACCACCGGACCGACGGUGCUGGCCCCUUUGGUGCCCGCGGGCGCCCGCAGGGCGCUGCUCGUGGCGAAGGAGGGCGGCGGCAAGAAGAAGGCUUCCAAGGCCAAGGAAGCGCCUGCCGUGGAGGAGAAGGAGGCGCCGGCCGCUGAGAAGAAGGCGCCGCCGCCGCCGGACAUGCCGCCGCCCUCUGGGUUUGAGUGGGGCCCAACCUUCUAGGAGCGACGCUCCUUCGCCUCUCUCUCUCUCUCGUCCUCGCUCUCUUCUCGCCCUCUCUCGUUCUCUCUCUCUCUCUCUCUCUCUCUCUCUCUCUCUCUCCCCGCAUCAGCAAUUACUGCUCCGCUGCCGCCGGCGUGUAGCGCAUGCUGUUGACACUAACCAUGGUUCGGCGGGUGUGCUACGUGAUGUACUUGCCAUGGACUCACUGUGGCGCCGUGUGCAUACACUGAGCUCUCGGCUCUCCGCACUCCGGCCGGGCGUCUCGCUCGGGGCCGCAGACGCCAGCGUGUGAGGUGUGUGCGUUUCGCUCGCUCUCGCCGCGCAGCCGCAUGUGGCCGACGAUUUUUUGCAUGCCAAAUACUACAUGUACAUGC